UUUCUUAAUUCGCCUCUACAUAUUAUUUAAAUGUUGUUAGUGUUGACUGUGUUGAGCUGAGAGCCACAAACCACAUUCCUGUAGUCAUGAGGUCGAGCUGAUCUGUGUCACACGGUAAGAGAGAGGAGGAGGAGAGAGAGAAACAGAAACAGAGGAAGAGAAGUAAGAAAGAAACUCUGCUGAGACACAUUUGAGGGGGAAAGUAUAACCAUGGUCUGUAUGCUCAGUGAGACGAGGGAUCUAUGAGGGCCGAGAAAGGGGAAUACAAUCACCACAGCUUCUGUUGAUAUGACAGACUUUCAUCUAAAAAGCAGGACGUGGUUACCUCUGAGAUGAUGGAGGACAACAACGGAGUCUGUCAUGUGAUGGAGGAGAGUGAGGUGGAUGAGCAGAUCAGACAAACCAAAGCUCAGCCGCAUGAGGAAAACAACAGCAGACCCAACUGGACAAAUGGUCAGUGUGUUGUGGCGAUGCCGAGCUGUUCGAUGCUAAACCCGAGCUUUGAUCUGUCUCUGUGCCGUGCCAAGCUGGAGAAUGAUGGCUUUCAGAUUCCAGUCAGAGACAUGGAGGCUCCUCUGCAGACAGCCCUGGACGUUCCCUCAGUCAGGAGAUACAUGGUUUUCAACUCGGCUCUCUUCCAUUUCAUACUGGCACCGAUGCUGUAUGUGGUGGUGUGGUGUGCCGUGUUCUCCACCCUCCACCUCUAUAUCACUGUCAGAGACUACUGGGUCCUCUGCCUCUCUGUCAGCCUGAUCUCCAUCCUCCUCACCACUGCCAUCAUCGUCAUCCUCCACUACAGCAACAAGGAGAUCAACAUGAACAUAGACGUUCGGUUAAUCCAAGUGAAUGAGAGGAUGGUGAAACACAAGCUGCUGGUGGCCGUGGCCGACUGGGUGCAGUCCUGCACCGGAAACAUGCAGCUUUACUUUGUGUAUUGGGACAUGUCCUGCUGUCUGAGGGCACUGACUGAAACUUUAGAGGAGCCCUGCUUUGUGGGGAAUGACACCCAGAAACUGAAGAGGAAAAUGUCGCAUCUCGUUCUCGUGAAUGAGGACACGGCUGUUGACCCCGAGGUCGAAGGGUCGGAUUUGGAGCAGCAGGACUCGGAUGAACAGAGGCCUCUGCUGAGACACGAGGACACGGACGGCAGUACCUCAUCCAGCCAGCGGGAGGGCGCCAAAGUGACCACCAACUACAGCCUAGUCCCUGAUGCGUCGUUACCUGCUCAGGCCAAAGCCUACCAGCUUCUGAUGACCUACAGUGCAGCUUAUGUGAAGCUGCUGGUGUCUGAGAGGCUGUCAGGACGGUCACAACGCCGCCUACACACCCAGAGGAAUCACUGCUCCACCGACCAUCUCUGCCUCUGCCAGUACAUCAAGAGGAAGAUCCUUCGAUAACAGAACCAGCGUUGAAACCAGGAGCCUGUUUUACAGAACUGGUGGACUACUCUCUUUUUUAAAAAAGACUUUUGCUUUGCAGGCAUGCUCUUGAACAGACAAACUGACAUUUCUUCUGGAGCAAACAUGGAUUAUGUUGUUUUGAUCAAAUGAAGGACUUGUUUGGAGCUCCACUCUCUUGAUCUCUCUGCUGUCUUCACGCCAGCUCUGUGUUUGCACCAUCGUCCAUUUGGUACCAACAAUUUCUGCACCGUGCCAAACGCUGUCCGAUCCAGCUGCUGUAAAACAAUAUUUGCACUCUUGUACCCAUGACAAUCACGGCCUUAGUUACUGCUGUUUAAAUUAUUUGCACAGAUAAUAAAUAUAUAUUCUUGUGAUUUGAUUUGCAGAUUCUACAGUGGAAAGUAACAUUUUCUCAAGUUCUGUACUUUGGUACAAUUUGAGGUACUUUACUUGAAUAUUUCCAUUUUUUAGGUACUUUAUACUUCUACUGUGCUACAUUUCAGAUGGAAAUAUUGUACUUUUUUACUCCACUACAUUAUCUGACUGUACUGGCUGUAGUUACAAGUUACAUUUCAUAUAAGAUUUUACAUGAGAAAUGUAUGAUAACCUUAUAAAAUACAGCACUUUGUUAAAUAUUAAA